AUGGCGGCAGAAUACAUUUGCCAUCCAGCUUUGGCAACUGUUUUGUUAGGCUUCGAUUCUUUUCUGAACGUUUACCUACGGAUCCAAUACGCACUUUUCACUUACGGCUCUGUUUAUUCUUGUUAUUGUUUUUUAUCUUCGGGUUUCACCUUAUUCUCUCAUCUCACCGCCAUUCUCUGUAUCCACUUUCUUCCGUCACUUCCAUCUCUUGAUGACUUACCGCCGAACAGCAUUUGCAGGAUUGAGACAUGUUUGCACGCCCCGACAUCGUCCGCUACGCGGUUUAACGAAGCAUCUCUCACUUAUCUGAACCAAGGCCAAACCUACGAAUUGGUUAUGCAGUGGAAUGUUGUUCCCGUAGCACCCACCAAG